GUAAUUUGAGCUAUUGGAAAAUGGCGCCUGCUGUAGCCGAAGGGCUUAAGUUCCCCGUUUUGACACUACAGAGCGAUGGGAUUCUGGUUCUCAAUGACCCAUCUUUGGAUCAGCCUUAUCGCAUUGCUUAUAGCAAUGAUUACACUGAAGUGAUUGAUGUUUUCAGGCUGGUUAAGCUUGAUCCAGAUGGGAAUUUGAGGAUUUAUAGCUUUAAAGAUUCGUCAUUAACAGUGCGCUGGGUAGCUUUGCAAGAUCAGUGCAGGAUUUAUGGGUAUUGUGGAGACAUGGGGAUUUGUACUUAUUAUAGUGGUUCGAAGCCAAUAUGUAUAUGUCCAUCUCUAAAUUUUGAGUUAAUUGAUCCAAAUGAUUCAAGAAAGCAUUGUAAAACGAAGGUGGAGCUCUUUAAUUGCCUCAAUGGAACCACAACUUUUCAACUAAACAACUCAGAGUUCGUAAAUUCUCCAUUGGAAUUACGCCCUGAUCAAUACACCAUAUUGGGCUUUCGCCAGUGCCAAGCUGUGUGUUUGCAAAGCUCCCCCUGUUUUGCUUCUGCUUUCCUAGCUGAUGGCUCAGGCAUCUGCUUUUUCCAGAUUUCUGGUUUCACCAUCAUUUUACCAGUCGCCCACCAUUCUCAGCACUGUGUUUGUGAAGGUUUGCAGUCCUUAUCUCCCCAACCCACCUCUUCUCUCCCCUCAAAUGAAUGGAAGUCGGAGUCCCAAUACAAAGCUCAUGGUGGGCUUAGUGGUCUCUUCACUCUUCACCAUUGUUGUCCUGCAAGCUUUCCUCUCAUGGUUUGUCCUUCAAAAGGGGGCUCAAUUACGCAGACAGUCAACAAAAUAUUCAUUUGAGGAAUAUGCUUCUGAUGCCCCUGUUCAAUUCUCUUUCAAAGAGGUUCGUAGUGCCACGAGAAACUUUAGAGAGAGGAUUGGUGUUGGUGGUUUUGGGGUUGUUUAUAAAGGGGUGCUUCCUAAUAACACAGUAGUUGCAGUAAAGAGGCUCGAAGGGAUUGAACAAGGGGAGAAGCAGUUUAAAAUGGAGGUUGGGACCAUUGGUAACACCCAUCAUUUGAACCUGGUUCGAUUAAUGGGCUUUUGCUCAGAAGGUCAACACAGGUUGCUCGUAUAUGAGUUCAUGAGAAAUGGAUCUCUUGAUAACUUCUUGUUCAUGGAUGGAGAAGGCUCUAUAAAUCUCCAUUGGGAGGCUAGGUUCAACAUAGCUCUUGGCACAGCAAGGGCGUUAACAUACUUGCAUGAAGAGUGCCAGAACUGCAUAAUUCACUGUGACAUUAAGCCAGAAAACAUACUUUUGGAUGAGAAUUAUGUACCUAAGGUCUCCGAUUUCUGGUUGGCAGAGCUUAUGAAUUCGAAAUUCCAUCGAUUACAAAGUUUAAACGUUAGAGGAACAAGAGGGUACUUAGCACCAGAAUGGCGUGCGAAUCGUCCGACAACUUCAGAGGCAUAUGUGUAUAGUUAUGGGAUGGUUUUGUUAGAGAUCAUAAGUGGGAGAAGGAACUUUGAUGUCUCCGAAGAAACAGAGAACAAGACGUUUAUGCUAUGGGCUUAUGAGGAGUUUCAUAUGGGGAGAACUGAGAAUAUAGUUGAUAGAAUGCUAGGUGGAGAGGUUAACAUGGAGGAAGUUAGCAGAGCAAUUCAAGUGAGUUUCUGGUGUGUACAAGAGCAGCCUUCUAAGAGACCAAGCAUGGGUAAGGUUGUGCAUAUGCUAGAAGGAAUUGUGGCUACAGGGAAACCUCCUCCUCCCAAGAAGUGAUGAAGAAGAUGCAUCUUCCUUAUUUUGCUGAGUAAUUAUGGGGCUUUUCAACAUGGUUUUUAUUUUUGGGUGGUAGGAAUUAAGCCUACGACAUAGCGUUACCCUUGGUAGGAAUUGAGCCUACGACAUAGCGUUGCAAAUCGUCAAGCGCAAAUCAAUUAAGCUCUGACUCUUUUCCUACGUGAUUAACAUGUUAUGUUCCCACUUUGGCAUUUGCAAGCAUUGAAAUUUGGAUUUA